AUGACUCACAGUGUAGAUAAAGGCUUUAACCUCCCUGCCCUCAUCUCCUUCUACCCACAGCUUCCCAGCUACAAAAACUUCAAAGGGAUCAUCCAUGAACUGGGUCAGAACCAGUAUCUGGUCAGUGGAGAGGUGUCGGUCAUAGACAAGAACACCAUUGAGAUCACAGAGCUUCCUGUUCGGACUUGGACACAGGCGUACAAGGAGUCUGUGCUGGAGCCCAUGCUGCAGGGCACUGACAAGACGCCAGCUCUCAUCAACGAUUACAAGGAAUACCAUACAGAUGCUACAGUGAAGUUUGUGGUUCGCAUGUCUGAGGAGAAGCUGGCCCAAGCCGAGGCAGCUGGCCUUCACAAAGUCUUUAAGCUGCAGUCUAGUCUCACCUGUAACUCGAUGGUGUUGUUUGACCACAUGGGCUGUCUGAAGAGGUAUGAUUCAGUGCAGGACAUCCUGAAGGAGUUCUUUGAGCUCCGCCUGCACUAUUGCAAACUGAGGAAGGACUGGUUACUGGGCAACCUGGGCGCCGAAGCCGCCAAACUAUCCAAUCAAGCUCGCUUUGUACUCGAGAAAAUCGAAGGAAAAAUUGUAAUCGAGAACAAGUCCAAGCGAGAACUCAUCCGCAUGCUGGUGCAGAAAGGCUUUGAGUCUGAUCCAGUUGCUGCCUGGACCAAGGCUCAGGAGAAGGUAUCACAGAUGUUCUCUCAGAAUGUGGAAGCCCAGGAACGAGAGGAGCAGAGCUUAGGCAAGGCCAUCAAACUGGUGAAGGGUAAAGUGGGCAAGCCCAAAGUGAAGAAGAUGAACCUGGAGGAAACUAUGCCUUCACCGUUUGGCCGAAGGGUGGAGCCUCCGACGCAAGCAAUUAAAUCUGACGCAGCCAAAAAACUGAUCAAAAAGAAGAAGGGUGACUCAGACCCAGCACUGAAGCUGGAGUUUGACGAGGAUGGUUUGGGUGGUGAAGGCGGAGGUGGAGAAAACAUGGCAGCCAAACCGAAAGCUCCACGAGUGAAGAAGGAGAAGAAGGAGCCCGGAGCUCCUAAAGUGAGAAAACCUCCUGCACCUAAAGCUGCAGGUGCUCCUGCUAAAAAGGUAAAGAAGAGGAACCCGUGGUCUGACGACGAGUCCAAGUCAGAGAGUGACCUAGAGGACAGCGAACCCAUCAUUCCCAGAGAGACCAAGUCCCAGAGAGCGUCGGGUACGGAGGAUGAGGAAGAGGCCGAUGAAGAGGAGAACGCAGACGACGAGCCUCCUUCUUCUCCAGCGAGGUCGUUCAAAGACGACUUUGCUUUCCCUGGUGCUAAGGACCGCUACAAUGACCACAAUGAUGACAAUGAAGACGACGACAACGAUGAAGCAUACACGUCACCCAAACAAAAAGCCGUUUCAGCGACUGCAGCUAAAAAGAAAGACACAGCCAGCAUCUUCUCAUCCAAGCUAGCUGCGUCUGAAAAGAGCAAUGAAAGCGACGAAGCAAAGUCUGACAGCGACAACGACAGCAGCCCAGUGUUCACUUACUCCAGCAGCUCUGCGUUUGACAAAGCGUCUCCAGCAAAGAAAGCAGCUAAGAAGCCGUCGGAUGCAGUUCCUAAACCUAAGAAACCACCAGCACCAAAAGCAAAAAAACCUGAUAAAUCCAUUUGGGACUCUGACUCUGAUACUGGCUCUAAGAAACCAGCACCAGCUCUUAAAGGUAAAGGCCGGGGGAGGAAGAGGAAGGGCUCUGGCUCUGAGGACGAGUACAGCCCCAUGAAGAAGAUGUCAAAGCCUCCGGGGAGAAAGCCUCAGAAACCUCCGUCAGACGACGAGGACGACAGCAACAGCAUGAGCGGCCUGAGCGCUUUGACCCGCGACCGGCCAGGCCGCGCCAAAAAGGAGGUGAAGUACUUCAACGAGUCGGAGAACGAGGAAGAAGACGACGACGACAUGUUCGAUUAAAGUAGCCCGCCGUCACACAAACGCCACCUGUAUAGAAAUCUGCCCUUCCUCCUCCUCUUCCCCACAGACUUUUGUACAUUUCCUGUUACAUUUUCUUUUCAUUAAUGGUGAUGUUCAAUGAUUUUUAACGUGUAGAUGUUUUACACUUGUUAUUAUUAUACAUAUACAGGUUUCUUUUUUAUGCUCAUUGAAACGUUCUGUAUUUGUCUGAAGCAGCUUUUAGAAAUUUAGGAUGCCGUGCUUUAGCACAUUUUAAUUGUUGAAAUAAUAUGUACCUUUUGGAACAUGAAGUUGAAAGUAAACGCUGAAAUGUCCCCGA